CCAAAAUCUCACAGAACAACUGUUUUAGGCUUACGAAGCUGCUGGGAGAAAACGGCGAAAACGGUAGCCCUUGGCACCUAGAUCCCUCGGCACAUAGAGGCCCCCAGGAUGAAGAGCCUUCGGACUAUCAUAUACAGCCGAAGGAAUCUCCUCGACAGGAUCUCCCACCCACAUGCGCUGGAUCAACAUACCGAGUACAAACGUCACGUCCAACCACCACAUUUAAUGCGGCCACAUGUGAGUGCCAGUGCCACCCCGUUGAGGUGACCCCUCGACCACCAGAAUGAUGACACGUGUCCCUAUCUAGCAUUUAUUGCUGUUAUAAAUAGCACCCUUUUCCCCAUUUGUAAACCACACUCAAUACGCUGAGUUCACUUAAUACAUUUUGACUCUCUCUCUUACUUCUUUGCUCUUACUUCUCUCUAGUUACGCCCCGCAGUAACCCCUCGGAUAGAUACCCCCCGGGUACACUUAUCCAUCAAUACAUAUCAACGUUUUCUGACGGUUCUGAACGAGAUGAAGAAGAUCAACAUUCGGAAAACCAACAUGGAAGUUAACCUUCGCUUCCUGAGGUCUCUCAAAUUCGAAUGGAAGAAAACAGCCAAACGAAUCAGACAAAAUAAAGAUCUGGAUGAGCUGACCAUCCACAAUCUCUACGACUGUCUAGGAGAAUUCUCUGAGGAUAUACGGGAAAAAGUAAAUUUUUCAAAAGGAAAGAACAUUGUUGAUACACUUGCCCUCCUAUCAACUGAAAAGAAAAAGAAAGAAAAAAUUCCCAAAAUUUCCUUUGAAGUUGAUUCAUCCGAUGAAGAGAAGAACUUGUCUGAUUCUGAUCCUGAGAUCAAUGAACUGAAGAAGGAGCUAGCUUUAUUAACAACUAUGACAAGAAAAAUAAAGAAGAAGUUCACAAGAUUCAGAAACCCCGGAACUAACAACAAGCAAAGAACUUCUUCAUCAAACUAUUCUGACAAAGCUAGCAGGCCUUCAGAUAAAGCUGUGAGUGGUGAUUCAAUGAAGUGCUUCAAGUGUGGGAAGCUUGGUCACUUUGCCAAGGAGUGUCAUUCUGCCAAGAAAGAGGACUUCAACUACUACAUGCAAAAGGUUCAAAUGGCCAAGCAAAUGGAGCAAUGAGUGGUUUUAAUGGCUGAACACGAUAGCUGGUUAGAGGACACUGAAGAAAGUGAGCCAGAGAACUUGGCACUGAUGGCAAAAGUGACGGACUCUAAAAGUGAUGACUCUGAAGAAGAAGACGAUGCUACUACAUCCACUCAAAAUGAGGGAAAGCUUUUCCUAAAACAAGUGCAGGAAGGAUCACCUGGAUUGCCAAGACAGCAGUGAAGAAGGAAACAAGACAUGAGCAUUCAAAGAAGAUUACUAAAAUCUUUAAUUUUGUUGAAAAGUCUUGUAAUAGAGUUAGAAAUUGUUUCCGUUCUAGUUCUUCUAAUAGUUCUUCUAGUUAUGUUUCAGACAGAUCUCCUAAGUUUGCUUCUUCUCAUUCUAGUUGUGAUUCUAAUUCAAGUGAUGUUUUUAAG